AUGGAAACCAAUGAGACGUAUGCUGAAGCCCAAACGAACUCUCCGAAAGCAAAAGCAAAAGGAAACCACUUACCGAAGUCUGCGGUUCUUGCAGAAGAAAAACACCAUGAACUCGAAGGUUUCCAAGCAGAAACGCAGCUGAAAACAGGCCAACUCUAUGCAGCAAUCGAGAGGCACGACUACGAGGACCGCACGGGCAACGGCGGACGGGACACGGGAGGAGGGGAGUUCAGAGCCGGCCAACCGCGCGAUGCAGAGAAACGCCAGAGGGGGGAAGGAAUCUUGCAGGCAAAUACUAGCUCGAGCAUUUAA